CUGUCUUUCACUCUGCUAAUAAAAUAUAGGACAAAAGUUUUUCCCUCUCUCUCUCUCUUUCUUUUUUUUUGCUUCAAAUUAUUAUGGUAAUUCACACCAUUAUCACAUCCAACAAACAGCUCUUGCCCCCCUCUUAACCACUUUUAUUAUUAUUAUUAUAUCUCAAAGUUCCUUUCUUUUUCUCUCUGCUUGGGUUUUUGCUAGCUUCCAACUGUGCAGUGGCUUGCUGCACAAAAAAGAAUUUCUAACAAGAGAGAACCAUUUUGAAAGAGAAAUGAAAAUGAAUGUCUUCGUUUUGGGCUUUUCAGUAAUUUAUGUAGUAACCCUUUUCAGUUCUUGCUCUCUGGCUCUCACUGAAGAUGGUCUGACAUUAUUGGAAAUCAAGAGCACAUUGAAUGACAGCAGAAAUGUUCUAGGUAACUGGCUAGAUACUGGUGAAUCUCCUUGCAAAUGGACUGGUAUUUCUUGCGAUCCCAGCGACCAAAGAGUCAGCUCAAUAAACCUGCCUUAUAUGCAAUUGGGAGGGAUUAUAUCUCCUAGCAUUGGCAAACUUAGUAGACUGCAAAGGCUGGCACUUCACCAAAAUAGUUUACAUGGAAUUAUUCCAAAUGAAAUUACUAAUUGCACUGAGCUAAGAGCAGUGUACUUGAGGGCUAAUUAUCUCCAAGGAGGCAUUCCAUCAGAUAUUGGAAACCUCUCUCAUCUCACUAUACUGGAUUUGUCAAGCAAUAUGCUAAAGGGUGCUAUACCUUCGUCUGUUGGUCGUCUUACACGAUUGCGUCACCUGAAUUUAUCAACCAACUUUUUCUCUGGUGAAAUCCCAGAUUUUGGAGCUCUAAGCACUUUUGGGAACAACUCGUUUCUUGGAAAUUUGGAUCUUUGUGGUAGACAAGUGCAGAAGCCAUGUCGAACCUCAAUGGGGUUUCCUGCAGUGCUACCUCAUGCUGCAAGUGAUGAGGCAGCAGUUCCUACAAAACGAUCUUCUCAUUACAUCAAAGGGGUGCUGAUUGGUGUAAUGGCCACAAUGGCCCUUACACUAGCAGUGCUUCUUGCAUUCCUCUGGAUUUGCUUAUUGUCGAAGAAGGAAAGAGCUGCUAAGAAAUACACCGAAGUAAAGAAACAAGUUGAUCGAGAAGCAAGUACAAAGCUCAUUACUUUCCAUGGUGACUUGCCAUAUCCUUCAUGUGAGAUAAUAGAAAAGCUUGAGGGUCUCGAUGAGGAAGAUGUUGUAGGAUCAGGAGGAUUUGGUACUGUAUAUCGGAUGGUCAUGAAUGAUUGUGGAACAUUUGCUGUUAAAAGAAUUGACCGGAGUCGUGAAGGAUCUGAUCAAGUAUUUGAGAGGGAGUUAGAAAUUUUGGGCAGCAUCAAGCACAUAAAUUUAGUAAACCUAAGAGGUUACUGCAGGCUUCCAAUGUCAAAGCUUCUUAUUUAUGAUUAUCUGGCAAUGGGCAGUUUAGAUGAUAUUUUGCAUGAACGUCACCAAGAACAACAAUUAAAUUGGAGUGCUCGCUUAAAAAUAGCUUUAGGUUCUGCACGGGGCCUUGCAUACUUACACCAUGAUUGCAGCCCAAAGAUAGUUCAUCGUGACAUAAAGUCUAGCAACAUUCUCCUUAAUGAAAAUUUGGAACCACAUGUCUCUGACUUUGGUCUUGCCAAACUAUUGGUGGACGAGGAUGCCCAUGUUACAACGGUAGUUGCUGGUACUUUUGGUUAUCUGGCACCAGAGUACCUGCAAAGUGGGAGAGCCACUGAGAAGUCAGAUGUUUACAGCUUUGGAGUUCUCUUGCUAGAGCUUGUAACAGGAAAAAGACCUACAGAUCCAACUUUUGUAAAGAGGGGCUUAAAUGUUGUCGGUUGGUUGAACACCCUAUUAAGAGAGAAUCGGUUAGAUAAUGUGGUAGAUAAAAGGUGCACCGGUGCAGAUAUGGAAACUGUAGAAGCAAUUCUUGAAAUAGCAGCAAGAUGCACAGAUGCGAACCCUGACGAUCGGCCGACAAUGAACCAGGUAUUGCAGUUGUUAGAGCAAGAAGUCAUGUCUCCAUGCCCAAGUGAUUUCUAUGAGUCCCAUUCAGAUUAUUCUUGAAAGACAUGAACCACCGAGUGAACUGGUCACUGAAUAUGUAUACAUUCAACUAGAUGUAUUUAUUAAAAAAACUCACCCCAAGUUUUGUGAUAUUUCUGCCUCUAUAUUUGGGGCUUGUAAAUCCUUGCAAUGGCAAAUGUUGGAUUUGCAUUUUAGUCUUGCACCUACUGAAUUUACAUAUUUUAGUUUCAUCCCCUCUUCAAGAUUAUGAAGAGAGCUAUACGUUUCCAUGA